UAAUAAAUUAUAAUUAAUGGACAAUUGAUGUAGAAAAUUUUAUAAUGGAUAUUGGCCUAGUAAAAAUCGCAGAAGACAAAGAUUUUGAGAAGCUCAAAAAACUGUACGAUGAUAAUAAUGACUGGAAAUUGGAUUAUAAUAAGCCAGACUUAUCAGUUUGGACCAAAACCGUCCCAGGAAUUAGUUUUAAAAUGGUGAAGAUUAGAACAAGAUUUUCUGACGUUCUGCCUGAAACGCUAUACGAUGUUUUACAUGAUCCCGAAUAUAGAAAAGUAUGGGAUACACAUAUGAUAUCUUCAAAGGACAUUGGCUUUUUUAAUCCUAAUAAUGAUAUAGGUUAUUACUCUAUGGCCUGCCCUUCACCAUUAAAAAAUCGAGAUUUUAUAUUACAAAGAUCAUGGCUCGAUACUGGCUUAGAGCAACUAAUUAUAAAUCAUUCUGUAUAUCAUAAGGAUUAUCCACCAAAAAAAAAUUUCGUAAGAGCAACUUCUUAUCUUACUGGAUACGUUGUUAGACCAUCACGCAAUGGAGAAGGUUCAGAACUUGGUUAUGUAUCUCAUACAGAUCCUCAUGGGAAAUUACCUGUAUGGCUAGUCAACAAAGUCACCCAAAUAUUUGCUCCAAAAAUGGUAAAAAAAUUAUAUAAAGCAUCAAUUGGCUAUCCUAGUUGGAAAUUAUUAAACAACCCAAAUUAUAAGCCCUGGCACUUUCCAGAGCAAAUAACAUCACCAAGAAUAAAAUUAGAAGAUUGUGUAAAAUCAGCUGAAGAAAAAAAUAUUAAAAAUAAUUACGUUGAUGAAUCUAAUCUUAAAGAAACACGAAUUAAAGAUAUCGAAAUUAUGGACAGUGAUUAGUUUUCCAUCGAAACA